UUCAUAGUCGAGAUAUAGGCCAGAAACAAGUCGCACAUUGUUGUCAUGAUGAAGUUGCAACAGAUCACCAACAAGUGGUGUGGUGGAAUAAUUUCUUCAGUUCAGCCAUUGGAUAAUGGGAAAUUGCGUAGAUUAUCAAAGUUGAAGUGUGUAAAAGAAAGCUCAGGUUCAAAGUUGGAGUGGAAAAUAGAGGAUGAAAUGGAUAUGGAAAAAGAAUUGGUUGGAAUGAAGAGAUUGAAAGAAAAGUGUAAAGGGAUAAGUGGAAUAGUUGAAUUAUUGGAGUGUUUAGAAAGAGAAGCAAUUAUGGGUGAAGAUGAAGGGAAAGAACCAACAGAUUACAAUAGGAGGGCUCAGAUAUUUGAUAAGAAUUCUAGAGUUUUCCAAGCUCUUAAAGAAAGAAAUAUGUCUAGUAGUACUAGUUGCAUGUGAUUCUUGACUCUUGUCCACAUGUGUAUACAUAGAUUGGGAAAAGUUGGGGGUGGGUAUAGUAGGAUGACAAUAUUGGAUUUGUAAUUAGGAAAGAAUAAAGGUGGAAAAAAAAUGUGAAAAGCCAAGCAACAAUGGUUCUAUCUAUGAUUUCUAGUCCAUGUAUCUUUGAGGUGUUAACAUCUACUAAGAUAGAAAAGAGUUGAUUAUGGUGUAUGCUACUUUGUAUUUAGGUCUAUUCUGUUUUAUUGAAAUGUGUGUGCUUGAAUAUGGUUUCUGAAAAUAGAACAGUUAGUUUACUACCAUUACGGGUGGCAUCGGUCGAUUUGUUUCGGUUGUGAGUGUUAUCGAUUUGGCAUAUCGGUUUAUAAAUAUGCUAAAAAACCAAUAACCGAACCAAUAAAAUAUCAGUUAUCGAUUAUCGAUCGUUAUCGGUUCGGUUAUCGAUUUACCCGAUAAGAUAACUCAAUCUAGAUUCUAGAGGGAAGAAGUAAUGAAGGAUAAUGUGUACCGUAUAAAGAAUAUGAUAAAACUUUUUUUACUGUUGUAAACCCUCUCAAAGAAUAUGAUAAACCUUACAAUAUUGUUUCUCUAUGUGUUAGAAUGACAAAUUUGGGAGGGCCACAACAGUAGUAAAUAGUAGUAAAUAGAGAAUUGGGAGAAUUGAAAAAUUUAUAUACCUAAGGAUAAAAUCAUAUUUUUAUAAAGUUUAUUGGAUUAUCGGUUAAACCGUUAUAAAAUUGGGCAAAUUAAGACCCGAGCCGAUAAUCCAAUAAUAAAAUAACACUAAAUCGUUACUGAACCGUUAACCCAAUUCCGAUACCAAUAAUCCAAUAAGUUUUUUUCGGUUCGGACUAUCAAUUUUACCCAAACAUAUGCCCAGCUCUAACUAUAAUUGUGAUAAUGGCUGUCGAGCAAAAUGGUAAAAGAGGAAAAAGUUUAGGGUGAGAAUCCAACAACAUUCCUAACAGAUUUGCAUACUCUAUAAAUUCCAGACACAGCAGGACAGAAUC